CCUUCCCGCACCAUGGAGUUCUCCGAGAGGAAAAGAAGCAGGAAAUCCCAGAGCUUCAAACUGGUGAGCCGAGAUUAUCACCAUGAGGUAUAUAAGGUCUCAGAAUUCAGCAGCGAGGUUAAUGGGGAGGCCAAAGAGACACAACCCAUUUUUUUAGGAGAUGAAAGCAUGGAAAUUAAAAAACAAAUUACAGGAAUGAGAAGAUUGCUGAAUGACAGUGCUGGGAGGAUAUACCAGCGAGUUGGCAAAGAAGGAGAGAAGCUAAAAGAAGAGCCCCAGGACGUGGACUUGGUCUGGCCUCCACGUCUGAACUCGUCCGCUGAGACGCCCCCGAGCCUCCACCCGUCCACACGUGGUGCAUGGAACGAGCUACCGCCCCAAAGCGGGCAGUUCUCAGGGCAGUACGGCACCCGUUCUAGAACCUUCCAGAGCCAGCCCCACCCCUCUGCAAGCUCCAAUGGAGAACUUCCAGUGGUGAAUUCAUCAGUUGGAUCGAACUGCUGUACUUGUAACUGCCAGUCAACGUUGCAGGCCAUUCUCCAAGAGCUCAAGACCAUGAGGAAAUUAAUGCAAAUUCAAGCAGUUGGAACUCAAAACAGACAACAACCCCCAAUUUCCCUUAUGUGCUCCCAGCGAACUUCUGUCUCACGCAAGAGAAAUAAAAAGAAAAAAGUUCCUCCAAAGUCUGUCGAACCUCUUACUGUGAAGCAGAAGCCCAGCGUGUCGGAGAUGGAGAAGAAGACAGCUGUGGCCUCUGAGCAGGCCGGUGUCCAGGCCGCCGAGCACGCCUCCACGCAGGACGGCCAGGUCCUGGGAUUUGGCAUUGUUCUGGAAUCACCUUCCUCAGAUCCAGAAGUGCAACUUGCUGAAGGCUUUGAUGUGUUUAUGCCCAAAUCUCAGCUGGACUCUAUAUUGUCAAACUACACUCGCUCUGGAAGCCUUCUGUUUAGAAAACUGGUGUGUGCGUUUUUUGAUGACAAGACUUUGGCUAACUCCUUACCCAAUGGGAAGAGGAAAAGAGGACUCAAUGACAACCGGAAAGGACUAGACCAAAAUAUUGUGGGUGCAAUAAAAGUCUUUACAGAAAAGUACUGUACAGCGAACCAUGUGGAUAAACUCCCUGGCCCAAGAGACUGGGUGCAGAUUCUACAGGAUCAAAUUAAACUGGCCAGAAGAAGGUUAAAAAGAGGCUCAGCAGAGGCAGCUGAUGGUGAGGAAAGACUGGACGGCAUUUCCCUACCACCAACAGGUAAUAUAUUUGACACCAGGAGAGAAAACACAGAAGACUCAGAACCAGGUUUCACUGCCUAGACUUUUCACGUUAGUGACAUUGUUCAGUAGCCUGUGUAACGCUCCCGUCUGAAUCUCCUCAAAGAUCCGUGUAGUGUUUCAGGUUCCUGCAAAGUGUGGGUGUUCUGUGACAUUGACCUGUCACGUUUGAAAAGUUUCAUAUGCCUUGUUUGUAAUAUGUGAUAAUCAAGCCUCCACUUCGGUAUCCAAUUUUUAAAAAUCAUUUCUAGAGUUGAUUGGUUACCCUUUUAAAAGUCCAACAGAAGACCCAGUGAGUUCAUUGUUCAUUAUGAAGAAGAGGUUCUCUCUUCCCUAUUUUUAUUCAACACCGCAAUGUGAAUAUAUAGAGCCUUGAAGCAUAUUUAUUGUAAUGUAAAUUGCUUGCUGUGGUAUAAAGGAGCAUGGCUCUUUUCCAGUGCCCAGAGAGCAGUCGUGAAGGCCAAAAUUAAUCACCCUUUCAUCAGCUUAGAAGAUGGAGAAGUUGUUUGGGGAGACAGGAGAGCUCUGACCUAUUAGGUGACAUUAUUUAUGACAUCGCCCCCCACCCCCACCCCUCCCCACAUAGCCAUUUAUAACUGAGUAAAUGACAUAUGAAUUUUUAGGAAAGACAAACCUUUCACCUAAGUUAUAGCAACACAAUGACAAAUUAUCUAAUUAAAAGGGAAAAAAGUCAGAGUCAUCAGUUACCCACGUGAUAUCUGACGACCAUUUUAGCAGGUGCUUCUAACUGAGUGGUCCAGGGUUUUGGCAUUGUGUGGUGACUGGCCACAGAGGUUCUGAAUAUUACAUAGCUUAUUUGGUUCCGAGUACACUUGUCCUCCUCUUUACGUAAAACCAAUGUAUGAAAGUCUGGAUUUAUUUUAUAUUUUAUAACUUUGCCUUGUGGGUGGAAAUGUGUUUUACAGAAAUAUUUAUUCCAGAUUUCUUUUUCUAUAAGAUGGUGAAUUUCAAAUACCACGUUAUCUAGAAAUACUGCACUUACACCUCAUUUAUUGUAUAAAGCAAAUCGCCUUGAAUGCUUGACACUUGACCAAAGGCCAAAAGUUGGCAUGAAAGAAAUUUGGACGGUGGAGCCACCAGGCCCUGGGGUCAGGACUGCUGUGCCAGCCAGCAGUUUACCACCUUCCCCUGGCUCUGAUGUUCUCGAACAGAAUGUUAGAGAUAAAAGUUACUGGAGAGGCCCUUCAGCUGGGGAAGCAGGGGCGGAGUGAGGACAAGUGGUGGCUUGGGGCCAGUUAACCCUACCCUGGCUUGUGGCCACCCUGGGUAGAGGCGGAAUUUCCUUUCUACCCUGUCCAAGAUGUCUUCUCACACGGAGAAAGGACACCUAGAGCUAGGAGUGUGCCUGGGGCAGAUCAGUAUUCCCUUCGACCAGCUAAUCCACUGAAGAAGAGGUAAGGCGUCCCCACAAGGUGACAGAAACCCUGGUUCAGGGUAUGGCUUGUGGAAACAGUCUUAACUGCUAGACAAGUUACAUCCCGUCUGUUCGUGUGUCUCUUAUUUCUCUCCUUUUUGAAGCCACAAGGAAGGUUCAGAGGAAUUACUCUCAUGCUGUCUUAUAGUCAGCCUUGUCCAUGUCUGGCCAAUAAGUAACCUUCUCCUGAGACCAGUCCCACCGUUCCCUCCAGGGGCCUGAUGAAUUGGAAGUGCUUCAAACCAGGCCUUGUGCUGCUUUCCAGCCUAGGUUUUAAAUUUGUCUUCAACCUCCCAGAAGGAAAUAUUUCCCUGGGGAAUAGAAAAGAUGAAUUAGUGACCUUUCACUCCAUUAAACUAUGAUGAAUAUGUUGCUGGUGAAGGUAAAAACAUUUACUUCCAGCUGUGGGUCUGUUAAACGUGCACCACGAACCUUCCAAAGCACUUCCUUCCAAGGCUGGGCCACAGCUUGGAGUUCCCAAUACUUGAGGGGUGAGAAGUGUCCAACUUGCAGAUAACGUGCAGUGGAUCCACAAAUUGGAAUUCCAUAUCAAAACCACAACAGUGAAAUCACAUUUUGUAAAUCGAGAUUGUAUUCGUGUUUACUUACCAUGACUACUGUUCAGACUUUAUUCGGAAAUCCUUUUUAUAGGCUUUCUUAGCAAAAAAUAAAUAAAUAAAUUCCAUUAUCUAUGGAUAACGUCUCAAUCUUCUGUAUAUAUGUUUUAUUAAUGUGUAAAUAUUUAGAUUUUUUUUAAAUUACUAUGUUCUUUAAAAAAGAAUUGAGCGCAAGGCUAGUUGUGAAAAUGGUGUAUAACAUUGUGUUGUGAUAUCAACUCCCAAGAGGCUCUUUACGUCCAUUCUGGAAGAAUACAAUAAAUUACUUUAAUUGAA